AUGGAGUUCCUGCAGGGGCAGAGCACGGAGACCACGGUGGCCGUCGCGGUCGCCGUCGUCGCCGUGGCCGCCGGCGCCGGAUUCCUCCUCCUCCGCAGCAAGAAACCCAAGGGCUGCUUGGAUGCUGAGAAUUUCAAAGAGUUUAAACUCGUGCAGAAGAGACAGAUCAGUCAUAAUGUGGCCAAGUUCAAAUUUGCUCUCCCGACACCUACUUCUGUGUUGGGCCUUCCAAUUGGCCAACAUAUAAGCUGCAGAGGGCAGGAUGCUACUGGUGAGGAAGUAAUCAAGCCUUAUACUCCGACAACACUGGAUUCUGAUAUUGGAUACUUUGAGCUUGUUAUAAAGAUGUAUCCCCAAGGAAGAAUGUCCCAUCAUUUUCGUGAGAUGAAAGUUGGUGACUACAUGUCUGUGAAGGGACCAAAGGGCCGUUUCAAGUACCAGCCUGGGCAAGUGAGAGCAUUUGGAAUGAUAGCUGGAGGAUCAGGCAUUACACCAAUGUUCCAAGUCACAAGGGCAAUUCUUGAGAACCCAAACGACAAUACAAAAAUUCACUUGAUCUACGCUAAUGUCACAUAUGACGACAUUCUUCUGCUGGAAGAACUGGACAAUAUGGCUAAAAACUAUCCUGAUCGCUUCAAGAUCUACUAUGUCCUGAAUCAGCCACCUGAAGUCUGGGAUGGUGGUGUUGGGUUUGUGUCAAAGGAAAUGAUCCAAGCUCACUGCCCAGCGCCUGCCGCCGACAUUCAGGUAUUGAGAUGCGGGCCUCCUCCGAUGAACAAAGCCAUGGCUGCAAACCUGGAUGACCUUGGCUACACCAAGGAGAUGCAGUUCCAGUUCUAG